AUGUCCUUCGGUGUGGCGAACACCGAAAUCGUAGCAGGCUGUAAAGGGAGUGCAAAAGAUAAAAGUUGUCUCUUUGAUGAAUUUAUCAACAAAAUCAGAGCGAUUCCAAAAGGGGGAGCGCCCAAGUUCAAAACCGAUAUAGGCCCUAAUCUCCUUCCCGAUCCUAAAGAGGCCGCUGCACAGCUGAGUAAAGCCAGGUUUACCGGUAGCACAGACGCACAGCGUCUUCUACCAUAUUCCUACAAAGAGACGGAUAGAAACACUACUCCUACAUUCAGUGAAGUCUUUGAUAAGAUUCUGGCAGCCAUUAAAGCUUGUCGUAACGAGCUUAGGGACGAACUACUUGCAACUCAACUUUUGGGAGCUCGUGAUUCUAUGGCGUACAAUCAGGAGGCCCGUGUGGCUGACCAACACUCUCCUGAUGGCAGCACAUAUGAGAAAAUAAACACUCAAGCAACUCUUGAUGCCCAUCCCGAAGUCAAAGCAGAUGAUCUGAGUCAUACGAUUUCCGCCUUCACCGCGGAAUAUAGUGAGAUGAAGACCUACAAGAACCAUUUCGCUGCCACUCAAGCGAGUCAAGGAUAUCAAAGUGUUCUUAAUAGCGAGGCUCGUGAGUAA